ACAGGGCACUAAACCAGUUCAGAGAUAUGAUCCUGUGUACGAUGCCCAAUAGCUGGCCUAUCCUUGACUACGCUGACUACGGCUGCUACUGUGGAAAGGGAGGCUCUGGGACCCCUGUGGAUGACCUGGACAGGUGCUGCCAAGUGCAUGAUCAGUGUUACACUGAUGCCAUGCAGCAUCCUGAGUGCUGGCCUGUGUUUGACAACCCUUACACUGAGCUCUACCACUACAGCUGUGACAAAGAGAACAAGAAGAUCACCUGUGAGAGCAAAAAUGACGCGUGCGAGAUGUUCAUCUGUGAUUGUGACAGGAAGGCCGCCGAGUGUUUCGCCAGAUCCGCCUGGAUCCCUGAGCACGAGCACCUGCCCAGCGACCGCUGCCAAUAGGGCCACUCAGCAACUACCAGAGGUUAAGAGUUUUGCUUCAAAAUAUCCAUCAUUUUAUUU